AUGUCAGGACAAAGCGUCCAUCCCAGGCCCAUCUUCGCCGUGGUCGUCAAGUCGCCUUGUCUCGCAGUGAAAUAUCCAACAGGCAACGGAUUCCUAAAGUUCUCUUCGGACCGCGAGUUCUACACAGCUCUGGCAAUCCUGAGCGAUAUCAGGUGUCCAUUCUCGGAGUCGAAUGUGGGCUCAUCGCAGCUCGCUCGAAGACCAACAUCCUCGCAAUGGCAUUCACGCUCAGGACCGUCUAACCUAGGCAUUAGAGAACCAUUCCCCUCCAGCGCGAGUGCAGCCCUGUUCCCAGUACUACCAUCCGCUUUUGCGCUAGGAAGUGCAUCUAGCAUCACUGCCGGUAGCGCUGCGAUCCAAUCCACACACUCUCAACAAGCUCUUGCUAACACAAGUCCUCUGACAGCGUCUUCACUACCUCCAUCUUCAUCUGGUACAGCUCAGGCAACGGUUCCAGACACAAGUGGAACAGGAUCAACCAACAGCUACACAGAACUGGAAGCAAGACCACCUCAAGCAACCAUACAACCACACACCGGGGAAGAGACUAGACCCGACGCUCCAAGCGCUCCUCCCAAGCCGUCCACCACGGCAGCUUGCCAUGAUAUCACGACACUGAGCCAACUCCUCCCGCCAAAAAGAGAGUUACCCUUCUCAAAACCGCCAGCGAAGAGAUCCCGCACAACAGCAAAGGAAGCCUCCACCACGUCCCAGUCUCAAACACCCAGCGCAGGGGCUCAAAUCCCUACAACCACAGAAAACGAUGCGGCACCACCACCACCCUCGAGUCAGGCCCCCAAAAAGCCCACUCCAAGGAGAAAAGCAGCAACACCUGGUACCCUGAAGCGUUCAACCACUUCAAUCCCACCGCUGACCCUGACCGAGGAGCCGCCGACUCAACCCAUCCAGUCUAUAAGCUCCCUCGGGCAGCCUGCCACCAUACCUGGAACUCAACAAGUCCACAUGCACGAGCAGCAACCCAUGUUUGAAAGCAAUAAUAAUAUAGUCCACCGGCGCGAACAACAAGACCCUACCCCGGCAGACCUCUCGUCGUAUCUCUCUGCGCCGACACAAGAGCGCACGGCACGCCUGGAGAACUGGAUCUGUCAAAAUCUUGAGAAUGAUGGGUUUAUUAAACUCUGCCAGGAUGUAGAGGGUAUAUGGAGGCGGAUUGCGUUUGGGAGUUGA